CGAAGUUCACACGGGCCGCCGGGCUCUGCGGCGGGGCUGUCGCGCACCAGGUGGCCCGCCGCGUUCCUCCCAGUCCACCCUCUGGACAGCCCUGCAGGCCCCUGGCACUGUCGCUCCGGGCAGGCGCCCAGGGCGGAGAGCUGAAGGGAACUCAGAGGCGCCUUCUGUUUACCUUUUAUGGUUAAAAUAACAGCUUAGCAAAGAAGCGACUUCACGAAGAAGCGAUUUAGUGAAAUCGUCUCAAGCUGCCGCAGCUCAGCCAGUUUAAUCACCCCCAGAGAGCUGAACAACUGCGAGCACAAUGGGACACAAAAUCAUUUUCAGUGGUCUCGGGAGAAGGGUCGUGGUCCACCGCAGAUGCGUUUGUCGGAGGCAGCAGUGGAGAUUCGGGUCAAGGCGUAAGGCCUGGGGCUUCCAAUGAUACUCUGGGCAGGGAUGGAAGCCUAGAUGCCUCACCGCAAGGAGCGGCCGAGCGGGUCCUCGCUUAACGCACACGGCAGCAGCGGCAGCGGCGGCGCCACCACGGCGGAGGGAGGAAAUAUGUCCCGGCUGUCACUUACCCGGUCGCCCGUGUCUCCCCUGGCUGCCCAGGGGAUCCCACUGCCAGCUCAGCUCACCAAAGCCAACGCACCUGUGCACAUCGAUGUGGGCGGUCACAUGUAUACCAGCAGCUUGGCCACACUCACCAAGUACCCCGACUCCAGAAUAAGCCGCCUCUUCAACGGCACGGAGCCCAUUGUCCUAGACAGUCUCAAGCAACAUUAUUUCAUCGACCGGGAUGGGGAGAUUUUCCGCUACAUCCUGAGUUUCCUGCGGACGUCAAAACUGCUGCUUCCAGAUGACUUCAAGGACUUCAACCUGCUCUAUGAGGAGGCCCGCUACUACCAGCUGCAGCCCAUGGUUCGUGAGCUGGAGCGCUGGCAGCAGGAACAAGAGCAGCGACGCCGGAGCCGGGCCUGUGACUGCCUAGUGGUCCGAGUCACCCCCGACCUGGGCGAACGCAUCGCCCUCAGCGGCGAGAAGGCCCUCAUCGAGGAGGUCUUCCCCGAGACCGGGGAUGUCAUGUGCAAUUCUGUCAACGCUGGCUGGAACCAGGACCCCACGCACGUCAUCCGUUUCCCACUCAAUGGCUACUGUCGACUCAACUCUGUGCAGGUCCUGGAAAGGCUGUUCCAGAGGGGGUUCAGCGUGGCUGCAUCCUGCGGGGGUGGUGUGGACUCCUCCCAGUUCAGCGAGUAUGUGCUUUGCCGGGAGGAGCGGCGACCGCAGCCCACCCCAACUGCCGUCCGGAUAAAACAAGAACCCCUGGACUAGGCCCUGCCUCAGGGCCCACCUGAGACCCCCUCAGUCCUGGGGCCACCCCAGAGACCUGGAAAUAGUGCUGAGGAGUCCUGCCUCUUUGUGCUUCACCCUGGGCACAAGACUGAGGGUGGGAAUGGCAGCCGAUUGAGGGGUACCAGAGGCAUCCCCAUGGGAGGACUGUUGAUGUGACCCAGAGAUGCUGUGGUGCAACCAUGCUGCCAGCCUCCAGCCCUUCUGCUCCUCAGUCUGGAACAGCGUCCUCUGCUGGCUCACUUCAGAGCAGCUGUUUAUUCUUCUCCACGCUUGGUGGACGUCGCAGGCCUCCUCUCGUUGGAGAUGGCUUAUUUUUCUACAGUAUUUAAGACACAGCUGUUGCUGCACAGGUCGGUAAGGCCAACAAGGACCGCCGCCGCCGCCGCUGUUUUUACCUGGUGCUCAGUUCUCAGUCCAACGUUCAGCAAGCCUUGCAAAGGAUGGGCUGCCAGCAUUCAGGCCCAGGUGCCUGCUGAGCUGGGGCUGUGGGGACAGAUGUGACAGUGGGGUGCUGCCAGAGAUGGAGCGGGCCCCAGGGGCAGGGCAGCUGGGAGGAGGAGGGCUGUGGGGGCAAAGUGACUGUGACUUUCAUCUGAGACACUCUGCUGCCCCCUGCCUCCCAGGCUGUACUUGGUGCACACCUGACCUGCUAAUGCCCAGGAGCUUCCAAUCCCAACUGACUGUGCUCACAUCUGGGUUCUUGGAGAAGUCUCCACCCAUCCAGUCAGCAUGGGGCCACAGCUUAUCUCAGGAAUGGACCCUUCUACCAAGGGACCCAUCUGUCACCAUCAAUCUCUGGGUCCCCAGCUCAGGGAGCCACCCUCUGCCCCAGCUCCAGUUUUCCCACACUCAUCUGCACAUCAAGUUUUGAUUAAAUGUACUAAACUAGCCUGUCAGUAAGGUACAGACCCAAGCUUACCCAGUGCUCUUAGCCCCACAUUCCAACAAGGACUGGCCCUGAGAGGUCCUCACAGACCUGUCUCCCAGACGACAGGCCCAAAAGAUGGACACCCUGGCCUUGUCACAUCUCCCCUAGCUCCUCCCAAGUGGAGGGACUGCAGAGAACUGAUGGAUGGGGUGCCCUGGCCGGCUCCCCGUUUGUGUAUAAUGCCUGUAGACUUGUAUAUGACUCCUUUAAUAUUGUAAAGAUGCUGAUGUACAA